AUGAUGACCCAAUCGAUGCAUGACUUGCGGCUGGCGCUGCGCGAGAGCACCAAACAACUUGAAGAUGCGGAAAAUGCUUCCAAUAAAUUACGUACUGAUUAUGAAAAUCAACUACACAAAAAAGAUGAAGUUAUUUCAAUGAAAGAAUCUAUUAUUAAAGAAAAAGAUGCUUAUAUAACAAAACUUGAAGAAGAAAUAUCUAAAUAUGAUCCUACAUUUGUUGUAUCAACUGGCUUAAAUAAUGGUAUGUCUCUAAAUUUAUCGCCACGCUCAUCCCUUCUUGAUGUGCCAUCGCCAACCAAACAACACCGUACAAAACGCACAGCUAUCAGUGCUGAACCAGCUCAACAUAAAAAAUCCAAAGAUUUACGUGUUGUUCUUCAAGCAUUCGAUAAAUCUGAUCGGACAAAAGAAUUUCUUCGUGAUGCAAUAUUAAAUAAUGAUUUUAUGAAAAAUCUUGAAAUGGAUCAAAUAAUGUCCAUCGUCGAUUGUAUGUAUCCACUUGAACAUAAAAAUGAUAGUUUAAUUAUAAAAGAAGGCGACGUUGGAAAUCUUGUCUAUAUUAUGGAAGAAGGAACAGUUGAAGUAAGUAAAUAUAAUAAAGUAUUAACGAUCAUGGGACCUGGUCGAGUAUUUGGUGAAUUAGCUAUUUUAUAUAAUUGCACUCGUACUGCAUCUAUCAAAGCUUUAUCGAAUUGUAAAUUAUGGGCUGUUGAUCGCCAAACAUUUCAAGCAAUUAUGAUGCGUGCUGGCAUGCAAAAACAAACUGAUCAUUUAGAAUUAUUGAAAAAUAUCAAAACCUUUGAGAGUUUGCGUGAAGAUAUUCUUAGUAAAAUCUCCGAUGCAGUUGACCAAGUUAGCUAUGCCGAUGGUGAAUGUAUUGUACGACAAGGCGCCAAAGGUGAUACGUUUUACGUCGUUGGUAAAGGACGUGCUCAAAUAACUCAGGCGAAAUCCAAAUGGGAUCCUGCAAUUUAUGUUCGACAUCUUGAACGUGGUGAUUCAUUUGGUGAAGCUGCACUUCAAAAGGAGGAAACUCGCCCAUUCAACGUUAUAGCUGAUGAUCCAAAUGGUGUCACAUGUCUCGUGCUCGAUAGACAGAGUUAUCGGGAAAUGAUAGCCGAUGAAUUAUCACGGUUGAAACGUGAUGAAUCCAUUCGAUAUGCACGUAAACAAACAACAUUUAUCACCGGUGAAGAUGACAGAGACUUGAAGAAUCUUCGAUUGGGCGAUAUUGAAAUUGUUUGCACAUUAGGUGUUGGCGGCUUUGGACGUGUUGAAUUGGUACAAGAUAGCAGAAAUUCGAAGAAAUAUAGUCUUAAACAAAUGAAAAAACAACAUAUUGUUGCGAUGAAACAGCAAGAACACGUUAUGAAUGAAAGAAAUAUUAUGAUGGACACCCGAUCGGACUUUGUUGUCAGAUUGUACAAGACGUUUAAAGAUAGAAAAUAUUUAUAUAUGUUAUUGGAAUGUUGUUUAGGCGGAGAAUUAUGGACAUUAUUGCGUAAUCGAGGACUUUUUGAAGAGGCUGAAGUUCGCUUUUAUAGCGCUUGUGUUAUUGAAGCAUUUAGCUAUUUGCAUAGCAAAGGCGUUGUUUAUCGAGAUUUGAAACCUGAAAAUCUUUUGCUAGAUAACAAAGGCUAUUGUAAAUUGGUUGAUUUUGGUUUCGCGAAGAAAGUUGGUCUUGGACGAAAAACAUGGACAUUUUGCGGUACACCAGAAUACGUGGCACCAGAAAUCAUCCUUAAUAAAGGUCAUGAUAUGGCCGCUGAUUGUUGGUCUCUUGGUAUUUUAAUAUUCGAACUUAUCAAUGGAAAUCCUCCAUUCUCUGGUUCUGAUCCAAUGAAAACCUACAAUAUUAUUUUAAAAGGUAUUGAUGCAAUCGAAUUUCCUCGGCGAGUAUCAAAAAUGGCAGCAUUAUUAAUCAAACGAUUAUGCCGUGAAAACCCUGUCGAACGUAUCGGUUAUCAAAAAGGUGGAAUAGCAGAUAUUCAAAAGCAUAAAUGGUUUGAAGGUUUUAGUUGGGAAUUUUUAAAAAAAGGGACCUUAACUGCUCCAUUUAUUCCAAAAAUUGAAAACGAUGCUGAUACAUCAAAUUUUGAUUUUUUUCCCGAAGAUGAUGUACCUGAACCUGAAGAUGAUUUAAGCGGUUGGGAUAAAGAUUUUUAA